AUGGCUACAGCCCUGCCCUACCGGGAUAUCAACGUCCAUUCGUCUCCGUCCCACUACGCAUUCUCCUCCCCCUCGUCGCCCUCUUUGCCGACCUUGGUUGUCGACCGGCCUUCUGGAGAUCUCAGGUUGCAUGAUGGGAAGCUGCUGGGCUCGAAGCGCGUUUCAAGCAUAGCUGGCAUCUUGGGCAUAAUCAAGCUUCGAUUAGACAAAUAUGUCAUUGUAAUCACAAAAGCACAGCCUAUGGGGAGGAUCAAGGGCCAUAUGAUCUACAAAGUCAUCACCACCGAGUUCUUGCCUCUCCGCGAACGCCCUCUGCACGACCAUGACGAGGACACGUAUCUCACAUUGCUUAAGACUCUACUCAAGACUUCGCCUCUCUACUUCUCGUAUUCGUUCGACGUCACAAACAGCUUCCAGCGACAAGCGCAGACCGACUCGUCUACGCCUUUCUGGAAACGCGCCGACGAUCGAUUCUUCUGGAACAAGUUCGUGCAAACCGACUUGAUAGAUUUCCGAGCUGGUGGUGGUAGCAGUUAUGGAUACAGACACUCCAUCGGGCCGCAGCCAGCCGUAGACCCCUAUAUUCUGCCCGUCAUGUACGGGAUGAUGGAGAUCAAGAACACGUCCAUCAAAGGAACACCUCUGACCUUCAUCCUAAUCACGAGGAGAUCAAGACAUAGGGCCGGCACCCGGUACUUCUCUCGUGGUUUGGAUGACAACGGAAACGUCUCAAACUUCAACGAGACCGAGCAGAUCAUCAUUCUCAAUGACCACGCGUCCGGAGGUCUCGGAGGAUUCGAGGGCAGCGGUGGAUAUCAAAACGGCAAAAUAGGUGGAUCCGCCGGGAAGGAAGUCCAGGUCCUUGCAUAUGUGCAAACAAGAGGAAGCGUACCUGCUUACUGGGCUGAAGUCAACACCCUGAAGUAUACCCCGAAACUACAGAUCCGAGGCGUGGAGAGCGCCACCAAUGCCGCAAAGUUGCAUUUUGCAGAGCAGAUUCGGCUCUAUGGUGACAACUGGCUUGUUAAUCUAGUCAACCAAAAAGGUCGCGAGAAGAGGGUUAAAGAAGCGUAUGAGCAAAUGUUCAACCUCCUCGUCGGAACGUCGUCUGAAAAGAUUGAAUCGGAUAGCGCCACAGACGAGAAGUUCCGUGUUGUUGAGCCAGACGAGAACAAGCAAGCUUUCGAUCGCCUCCACUAUGUCUACUUCGAUUUCCACAACGAGACCAAGGGACUUCAGUGGCAUCGCGCCAAGAUAUUGAUGCAGCAAAUCGAGGGCCCUGUCCUAAAACAUGGCUAUUUCCGCGGCGUGGAUAUGCCAGGCGACUCCGCUCGCGUUGAAGUCCGUCGCCAACAGAGUGCUGUUGUUCGCACCAACUGCAUGGACUGUCUCGACCGCACCAACGUUGUCCAGAGUAUGCUCGGCCGGUAUAUCCUUAGCCGCAUGCUCAUCGACGUUGGAAUCAUUAAGGAAGGCGAGAACGCAGAGGACGACGCCGCAUUCGAGUUCCUCUUCCGCAACAUGUGGGCUGAUAACGCCGAUGUCGUCUCGAAGUCGUAUUCCGGCACCGGCGCCCUGAAGACUGAUUUCACACGGACAGGCCAGCGCACCAAGGCAGGAAUGCUCCAAGAUCUCAACAACUCAAUCACCAGAUAUGUCAAGAACAACUUCAUGGACGGGCCACGCCAGGAUGGCUUCGAUCUGUUCCUGGGAACGUAUUUGCCUUCCGACUCUGGCAUCGGCAGCAUGCUCCAUUUCGUUGAUCGGAGGCCGCUAUUCAUCCAGUCAAUCCCUUAUAUCCUCGCUGCCAGCAUCUUCUUUGUCCUCGUAGGCUCGCUUACCCGCAGAGCCCCUGAUGCUACCGUUUGGCCGUUGAGGGUACUCAUGCUUAUCUUCCUUGGUGUGGCGGCGGCGUCACUGAAUUUCAUUUGGUCGCAUGGCACUCUUUACGUGAACUGGCCUAAACUUAAUACACCACCAUGGGGCAUCGAGGGCUACCAGGACGCCUUAACGCACGUCCAACAGAAUCCUGUGAUAGGCCCGCUGGUAGGUAGACACGAGCGAGGCAAGAGUGACGCCAGGCUGGGCUUCUUGGAGGAAGGGAAGAAGAGGAUUGAGUGA